AUGCCUUCGUCAUAACACGGUUUGGAAGCCUUUCCCGCCAGGAACCGGCUGCCGCAGCUGUCCGCAAGCUGAUCGCAUAUCACUCGCGUCAUUGCCCGGUUGCGCGACUCUCGCGCAGGAAAUGAACUCACUCAACCUGAUCUCCUCCCGAGUUAUCGGACAAAGCCAAUCAGCUUCACGGCCACGAUCGCGGUCGCACGGUGACCUGUGGAAUCAGGAACGGGAAGAAGAGUCCACGAGAGGGAGAUCGUACAGCGACGAGCUUACUGCUGAGAUCAAGAAGGAGACAGACCCAGACACUCCAAGCCCGAGUCAGGCAUCAGCAGCGACAUCUGAAGGUGGAGAUGAUGUGCUCAAGGAUGAGGACGAAAUCGACCCACUGUUAGGAUACGACGAGAAGGAGGACAUUGCACCAGAAACAACAGGGUGGCAUGCUUUCGCGAAGAAGUUAGCAAAUGCCCUCACAGCUGUAUUGGCAGCCAUCGGUGCUCCGGUCGUUUAUCUGGUAAAGUGGCUUAGGGACCCCGAUGCCAAAUAUUCACCCGUUCCACGAUGGUCGCGCCGAGAGAGGAUUCCCAGCAUCGGCUCGGUCAGCGCUGCACUUCUUCCCAAUGGUACUGGGGAUAGCCAGAAAUUGACAAAUCGUGUCCUGCACGAAACCAAGCUCCGGCAUUCUUACUCAAGUGAGUCUAUGAACACUUCAACAUCGGACUCUGAGGCCGAGCUACGUAAAGCCGAGAAAGCGCAAGUCAAACCAAAGCGAGAAAAGAGCGGGCGCGAUGAGGUCGAGACCAGAAGAUCCUCGAUUCGAAUCAAGGAACAGACGGACCCUGCACUGAAACGGCGAAGGCAGAAGAAAGCUGCCAGCCCGCUGGCUGAUGGAAGUCCGAUGACCGUUGACAAUAUCAAAUCACCCACAUCACCGUCUACAUCGUUGAAAAUCACCAGAUACCCACAUGCGCCUCAACCACCACGACCGCUGAUUCCACGAAGGCAGCCCUCAUACGCCAAUCUUGCCCCUCGAUCACCGACACGUGGUCCGACAUCUCUUCAGCAGAAGACGCUAGUACUCGACCUGGACGAAACACUGAUUCAUUCUCUGGCAAAGGGAGGUCGAAUGUCUUCCGGACACAUGGUGGAAGUCAAAUUGAAUGUGCCCGUAGCUGUGAGCUCACCUCAACCUGGUCAGGCCACAUCCAUGCUUGGACCACAACAUCCCAUUCUAUACUAUGUGCACAAGCGACCGCAUUGCGACGAGUUUUUGCGGAAAAUCUCCAAAUGGUACAAGUUGGUCGUCUUCACUGCAUCGGUGCAAGAGUACGCCGAUCCGGUCAUCGACUGGCUGGAACAGGAGCGCAAAUUUUUUGCAGGCAGAUACUAUCGACAGCACUGCACGUUCCGAAAUGGAGCAUACAUCAAGGAUCUGAGCAGUAUCGAGCCUGACUUGAGCAAAGUGAUGAUUUUGGACAACAGCCCCGUGAGCUACAUUUUCCAUGAAGACAAUGCGAUACCGAUUGAAGGAUGGAUCAACGAUCCAACGGAUAACGAUUUGCUUCACCUGAUACCCAUGUUAGAAGCUCUACAGUAUGUGACGGAUGUGAGGGCACUGUUGGCUCUUCGAAGAGGCGAGGCUGAGGUAGCCACGUAGCAUUCAUCGCGGCUUAUAUCACUACAUUCGGGCGUCUGUUAUACCCUUCAUUCCGUUGUAAAGCACAGUCAGACGUUCUCAUCACAACCACAUCUGGAGGCCUUGUAUUGUCACAGGUGAGAGAUGAGUGGAUGGAGAACCCGUGCUGAAAUCGAUCCGCCUCUCCGCAUAGGAGACCUGCUUAGGCGGCAUGAACCAUCCAAUAGUCGCCCGAAGAUGAAGGUGACAUAUAUGAUCCCUUGAUCUUCGUACUCCGUACCAUUCGAUUGUUCCCC